ACACAGUGAUGCCCGCUCGGCCGGGAGACCGUCCACGCUAACCGGGGACUGCACGAGCCGGCAUGCAUCUGGUUAAGCACGUGGCGCAGCGGCGCCCGCUGCUCCCCCGGCGGGCCGCCUCCUCUCUCGGGCGGCAGGCCCCGCGUGAGGCGCCGGGCUCCCCGCCGCGGCCCGUCGGGACCAAGCGAUUUGGCACGGUGGAAGCUUCCGCGAAGACCGGGGCGCCGGCCCGGGCGCGAGAGAAGUCCCUGACGGUGGCCACCCUGAACCCGCAGGUGAAGGCGGUGGAGUACGCGGUGCGCGGACCCAUCGUCCUCAAGGCGGGAGACAUCGAGAGGCGGCUGCUGCAGGGAGAGAAACUGUCUUUCACUGACGUCAUCAAGGCCAACAUUGGUGAUGCCCAUGCUAUGGGCCAGCAGCCAAUCACUUUCCUCCGUCAGGUGGUGGCUCUGUGUUGUUUCCCAGAACUGCUGAGCAGUCCGGCGUUCCCCGAUGACGCCAAGCAACGAGCCCAGCGCAUUCUGCAGGACUGUGGUGGACAAAGCAUAGGCUCGUACAGUGCCAGCCAGGGGCUGCAGUGUAUCCGUCGUGAUGUUGCUGAUUACAUCACGCACAGAGACCAGGGUGUCCCUUCUGAUUGGAACAACGUUUACCUCACCACAGGGGCCAGCGAUGGCAUCAUGAGCAUCCUGAAGCUGGUCGUAUCGGGUCGGGGCCCCUCCAGGACGGGCGUGAUGAUCCCUAUCCCGCAGUACCCGCUCUACUCGGCCGCCAUAUCGGAGUUAGAUGCAGUCCACAUCAACUACUACCUGGAUGAGGACAACUGCUGGGCGUUGGACAUUGAGGAACUGCAGCGAGCUUACCUGGAUGCCAAACUGCAUUGCCAGCCUCGUGUCCUCUGUAUCAUCAACCCUGGGAACCCCACUGGUCAAGUGCAGACUAAGAAGUGCAUAGAGGAGGUGCUCCACUUCGCCUAUGAGGAGAAUCUGUUAGUCAUGGCGGAUGAGGUUUACCAGGACAACGUGUACCUGCCAGACUGCCAGUUCCACUCCUUUAAGAAGGUCCUCUAUGAGAUGGGCCCGGAGUACUUUAACGGUGUGGAGCUGGUGUCUUUCCACUCCACCUCCAAGGGCUUCACCGGAGAGUGUGGUUUCCGUGGGGGCUACAUGGAGGUGUUGAACAUGGAUCCACAGGUGGAGGCCCAGCUGGUCAAACUACUGUCUGUCCGCCUGUGCCCCCCUGUCCCCGGACAGGCAGCGAUGGACGUCAUUGUUAACCCCCCUAAAGAGCAUGAGCCCUCGUAUGCUCAGUUUACCAAGGAGAAGAGCUCCGUCCUCGACGUCCUGGCUCACAAGGCAAAGCUCACAGAGCAAUUCCUGAACUCCGUGCCCGGGAUCAAGUGCAACCCGGUCCAAGGAGCCAUGUAUGCCUUCCCUCAGAUCUUCAUCCCACCACGAGCGAUUCAGGAGGCUCAGUCCCUGUCGAUGGCCCCCGACAUGCUGUACUGUCUCAGGCUGCUGGAGGAAACGGGCAUCUGUGUGGUCCCAGGGUCUGGAUUCGGCCAGAGAGAGGGCACCUUCCACUUCAGAAUGACCAUCCUGCCGAGCCCAGAAAAGCUACAAGUUCUCUUGGGGCAGCUGAAGGGAUUCCACCUGAGGUUCCUAGAAGAGUAUUCCCAAGAGGAGCCUGACAGCUCCAGAGCGUCGGAGCAGCCGGACUGAUGCUGCUCACAGAGCUCAUUGUGUCAUGUUCGGGUUUUGUUAAAUUAAGUUGACUGUUUCUUCAGAAGUUGUGUUACAGAAAUAUCGUGCCUUCUGCUGAUUGUUUUUGUACCUGUCGAGACAAUUGUCCCCCAAUGGGAGCACACACAGUAAGGUGUGCUCCCAUUGGCCGGUGCUCUGUGGCGUACACAGACACCUCCUCUCCAUCAUCAUCAUCAUCAUCCGGCUGCUCCUCUUGACCACAACAUGGUUGUCUGGAAGAACAGCUACAAUGUUUUUCAAAUGGAUGUUCUGUUUGAUUGGCUAUUGCCUUAUAUAAAAUAAAAGGUUGGUUAACAUGCAUCACUAUA